CUGUCGGACAUGGACCCCAACGGGCUGAGGCAAGCUUUGUAUAGUCUGCGCAUCCAGGGUCCCCGCGAGAUCUCCCUUCUUGUGUGGUCAGCGCCACACACACGGACGAUGCAGACCACGGAUGGGCUUUGCCGGCGGGUAUUAGAUCUGAGGCGACAUGUCUACACGUCGUCUUGGCUGCUUUGAAAAUUUCCAACUUUCUUCCCGCUGGCUCAACUCCACCAGGAACCAAGUAAUGCAAUGAUGUUCCCCUCGAGAUUUCUGCUGCCGACAGUCGUGGCCUAUGCCACCUCUGCUCAAGGGUUUGACCUCGGCGCAUUGUUCGCACGGCAGACCAAUGUGCCACGCCGUACCGCGGGCCUGCCACCCGAUGCUCAGAUCACGCCGGGGCCGAGCGUGGCACCAGAGCUGCUCAGACGGGACUCGUACUGGACAGCGCUUGUUGCACCAGACAAUACCUGUGGCUUCCUCAACGGAGAGAAUGACAACCCCUGGAUGUGCGGCAACUCGGCAUACUCAUGCGCCAUCAUCACGACCUCGUCGCCGCCCUUUGGCCGCCUGGGUUGCUGCAGCAGCGGCGUCUGCGGGAUCAAGGCGGACUGCGUCAACGGGGGCGCCGGGCUGAGCACGCGCUGCGGCGCGGCGUGCCAGAGCGACACGGAGACGGUCAAGUGCACCGGCGGCGCGAGCACGCUCUGCGGCAGCGUCGACUUUGGCAACGGCGUGCACGACUUUUUCUGCGCGACGUCGGGCGACAGGACCUUUGUCACGGCGAGCACCACGUACUUUGGCCAGCUCGGCCGGUUCUUCAGCACGUCGUCCUACGCGGCCGACUUCAACGCCACGGGGGCGGCGGGCCAGACGUCGACAACAGCAAGUAGUGUCUCGACGUCCUCCUCCCGCGGCCCGACUUCGACUCCGACGACUCCGACGACGACGCCGGCCGUUUCCUCCACUCCUGACACGAACCUCGUCACCGUGACGCCAUCGCCCACGCCCACGCCGGCACCAGUCAACAACGGCUCCUCGUCCACCAACACGGGCGCCAUAGCAGGCGGUGUAGUCGGCGGCGUGGCCGUCCUCGCGCUCGUCGGGUUGGCCGUGUGGCUCGUCCGGCGCAGGGACAAGAAGAGAAAUGGUAACAACAACAACAACAUCGACAACGGCGGCCAUAAUGCGCCGUCUGCGUAUGGUCAGCACCCCGGUGGUGGAGGAGGCCCGCAGCCGCCUCCGCAGCAAUGGCAGCAGCAGCAGUGGCAGCAUCCGCAGCACCCGGAAAUGUCCGCCGUGGUUGAGCACCAUCCCGGCGGCGGCGUUGGUGGCUGGGGGGCGGCGAACGAGCUCGGUGCGCAGAACAAGCCCACGCCAUACCACAAGGAGCUCGAAGCAUCACCCACGGGCACAACAGACCCGGGAACCGUCUCAGUCGCGCCCUACACCAGCGUCCACGAGGUGCCCUCGCCCUAUAGACCCGACGAGGCUGCUACUGGCGCUGGCUCGCCUUGGGCUCCUCCUCCUCCUGCUCCCCCUCCGGCGGUGGCUUCCGAGGCCGGAGGCGACGCGGUGGGCGUGUAUGGUCGGCAGGAACAUCAUCGGGGCCAGUUUCAUGAGCUGAGUUGAUGGAAAGGGAUUUUGAGAGUUGAGCAAAAGACCGGGGAAUGAGAGAAGGGAGAGGGGCGGGGUAUGGGCCGCAGGCACUGUCACUUUCCCAG